CUUCUAGUAUAAAACAUCCCUCCACACUGACAAUCAGACGUGAAAGCGCCUCUGUUGUGACUGCAGAGCCAGUUAAAGCAGCAGAUGCCUGGAUGACCCCUCCUGGAUGAGCCUGAGAAGAUCCUACCCUCCUUCACACCACCUCUCUCACUCUGAGUCUCCUCCUUAAGUUUAAAAGCUGAUAACGACUAAGUCUGUAGGAGAUUCUUUCAAGGGUUUUUUUUUUUCGUUUUGGAAAAAAAUGAGAAGAUCAGGGGAAGCUGACAUGAGAGGGGAUGCUCCACAGAGAGGCAUGAAGACCACAUGUCUGUGGGCCGCAGCUGCUCUUCUGUCACUCAUCUCUCUUGUGACCAGUGCUGAUUCUCCAAACUCAGGAAGUCCAGACUUGAGACAGAGCUCCAAAUCCAAAGUAAAAACCUACUGGACUGAAAGCAACAAGGCUGUCUCCAUAAGUCGUCUCCUGUCUCAAACCAUCUAUGGAAAGGAGAACUUUACCUCUGUGGAUCUGAACUAUGAUGAGGCAGACUCCUACUCUAAACAGGAGCAGUGGAACUGGCUUUACAACAUUUCGACUCCACGUGAUCCUCGAUCUCGGACAAAAAGAAGGCCUAUUGUCAAGACUGGGAAGUUCAAGAAGAUGUUUGGCUGGGGUGAUUUUCAUUCCAACAUCAAGACUGUAAAGCUGAACCUGCUCAUCACAGGUAAAAUUGUGGAUCAUGGAAACGGCACCUUUAGUGUCUACUUCCGGCACAAUUCAACAGGCCAGGGCAACGUUUCUGUUGGGCUCGUUCCUCCAACAAAGGCAGUGGAGUUCCAGGUCCACCAGCAGCAUCAGCACUUCCACCAUCAUCACCAGCAGCAGCAGACGGCCCUGGAGACCAAGGACACCAAGCUGUUCAACUGCAGGGUGGAGUAUGAAAAAGUGGAGAAGGGCACCAGGAACUCGCUGUGCGCCCAUGACCCCUCACAGAGCUGCCCACAGGAGCAGACCCAGAGCCAUGUGUCCUGGUUGUGCUCUAAACCAUUUAAAGUCAUUUGCAUCUUCAUUACCUUCUACAGCACUGACUACAAGCUGGUGCAGAAGGUGUGUCCGGACUACAACUACCACAGCGACACCCCUUACCUUCCCACCGGGUGAUCACAUGAUCAAACAGGAUCCAAGAAAAGACAACGGCUGUGGCCCGGAUCCAUUUCAGAAUCCAAUUCCAGAUGUUGACAGAUUUUCUUUUAUAUCCUUGUGACAAGAUUGAUAUGAUUCCAGUGAGGAACUCCAGCCUGAGGUCGUUGUGAAAGCAUCUAGGGAAGCACUUCUAGGCUUGCAAUACCCAUAUUAUAUGCAUAGCUGCUUACAUGGAAAGGAAUCUCUCAAGCCAACUGUGAGGGUGUGCUGAUUGUAUUAUGUAAAUAUUCUGGACCCAAUACAAAAAAAGACCACAAAUUUCUUAAUGUUUUUCCUCCUGCUAAUUUACUUGUUUAUGUUGAUGGUGUAUUUCCGUCUCAAUCAUGCUUUGUGUCUUCUUCAAUCAGUCUCUGGUAAUCUUUGCAAACGCAUAAAUGUCAAUGCAAAUAAGCAGAAUCUGUCAGUGUGUGUUAGAGGGCGUAAUGGAAAAAGCAAACAUAUUUCGAGUGGUGUUGUUUUCUGCAGUGUGGUUCGUUAGAGUGAGUAUAUCUCUCUGAUAUCGUUGUCGGACUCUCAUCCAUGUUCAUGCAUGAACCGAAUGUGGUGAAUUGCUAAAUAGGGCCCUUUUAUAUUGUCAUUUUAUUGCACCUGUCAAAAGAAAUCUUCGUCAAGUCUCAACUGUGACAGGAAACAAGGAGAAAACAGUACUUUUGGUUCAAUUCUGUGUCGUCUGUUUGGAGGUUCUUGGGCGGCACUGAAUGACACCAUCACGGAGCUCCAAACAGAUCAAAAAUGUUGCAAUAAAUGAAUAAAUACUGCAGAAGACAUGUAAGAUGACAGAGAUACAGAAGGUUACUUUCUGUGCAGUGCUUUAAAAAUAUUCUAAAAUAACUGUGUUCUAAAUCUGCUCCUUUCUUAGUGAUGAAUUUAAUUUUUCUUAGGAAUUUAAAUGUUGCUUUUCUGUCUGUUGCAUAAAACAAGCAUGCUGUAAUAAAAUUCAGCUCCUGCUGCACAACAAGGAGCCGGUUGUGAAAUUUGUAAUAGCAGCUACAACCCUGCAGAAAUGACGUAUCCAUUUUAGCACGCUGUGAUAAUCAUCUGCACCAAAUAGUAAAAAGAACAGUUUGUUUAAAAAUAUAGAAUAAAAUGAAAACAAUGAAUGUCAGAUGAUAUCUGUAGGUUCAUUUUAAAAACGCAAUAAAAAUCAAGAUUCAUUCUCCAACAGAGGGAAUGCGAAUUAAAACAGCAGGCGCUGAUCACAUAUCAAAUGUUUGCACCUCUGGUUAUCAAAAAAAGGCAGAUUAUGCAUCAGACUAACACUUCUGCUAAUGACACUGGAUGUUGCGAUCAGCUAUUAAAGCUUCAUUACAUAAAUUGGGAGCCAAUGGCUCCAUGCGAGGCAUUUGGAGAAAAUGAACACAGUAAAAGAGGGAGCUCUGCAGAGUCAACAGCAAAGAGUAGAGAAUGAAUUAAAAUGCCAAUAGGAAACCUGUAUGAAAAAAAGAAAAAAAAAGUACAAAUGUGGACCUAGGGGCACAAUCACUGCUGUCUAUUUAAAUUCAGUCUUCUUUCACUGUGUAUGCAGUCGUAUGCACGCCGCUGUUAAUAGCAGCCUGGACCACUUCCAAUAUGCGAAGGAGGGCUGAAUUUUCUGACAAGGCGGCCUAAAGAACUCAUCUGCCAGUGGGAUGAGAGAGCAAAGAGGAAUUUAUGAUGUGGAGAAACGAGGCUGGCAGAAAUCACUGGAAACACCUGACUCGUAAAUUGAGAGCAUGUUUCUGUCAGUGAGAAGAAGGAAUAACUAAUGUUUUAGAUUGCUGCUUGGGCCAGUUCUUUCAUCUCAAUAAAGUGACUUUGAUAGUUUGCCGCCCAUAGAAAAAUGUGCCAGGGACAGUUUGUUAAGCUUCAAAGAAUUAAAGCGGCACUUUGCUAAGACAAUGCAGCCUCAUUAUGCACAUAAUCUGGCAAGUGUAAACAGUCUGGAAGGGAAAUGUUGGGUGUGAGAGCUGCUAAGAGACAACUGUAAUAGCAUAUUUUUCUGCGUACCCUUUAAGACCCUGACAAAAAUAACCGUAUUAGUGACAAAUCAAAGAUCAUAGAAAUAAAGAAGGCUGUGAUCGUUGAUUUAAACCUAUGAAUGGAUCAAUUGUUUAGUCUUCCUAAACCUGGUUGCUUUAUGAAGGGCUACAGCGUGAAAAUCUUUGCCAAGUCUGAGGGAAGAUAUAAUGACUUACUGAACCCAAAUAUGGUAGCAUCCAAAAAGACUCUUAAUGGAUAAAAUAUGGGACUUUUUUCUGAUUUAUUUAAAUCACUAAUUAAAUCUGUGAUUUUUCUAUAUUCAUUAAAGACAUCCCGGGUUUGGCAAACCUAAAAUACUACCUCUAUUAAACUCUCUUAAACACUGUCCAAUGGUUCUGUCAGGGCUCCUAUGUCAGCUGACCUCCAUUCACUAUUUUUAUUAGCUGUUUGGAGGCCUCUUCUCUAACUCAUUACUUGAUUCAUCACAUCACAUCUUAUGCCCCCUGUGUCUGCUUUACU